GGCAGAGUCUGCCAAAAGUUACUACAGGGGAAACACUGCCGUUUUGAAAUGUGUAGUCCCUAAUUUUAUGAAAGAAUUUAUUUCCAUUACAUCAUGGCUGCAAGACUCUUCUUUUAAUAUAUAUCCAACAAACAAAGGAGAUGGGAAAUAUCAUAUGCUUCCAACUGGAGAACUCAUGAUACGCCUUUUGGAAGAAGCAGAUGUGUACCGUAGUUACCAAUGCAGAGCUAUAAACAGACUGACUGGUCAUUCUCUCUUAAGUGUUCAUAGGAUAAGAUUUACUGUCACAGAUUCAUUAGUUCAAGUGGCACCUCGUAUUCUUGAAAGUUCUGUUUCUGUACAUGUUAAAAAGGACCAAACAGUUGUUCUGCCAUGCUUCGCUCAGGGAAAUCCUCCUCCUUCAUAUGUUUGGCGAAAAGAAGGUAGUAAUGGUGAUAUGGAAAUCAGACUUGGAGGCAGGAUCGGAAGUGCUCAAGAAGUUCUAUUAAUAGAAAGGGUUGAAUUAAAUGAUGCUGGAGUCUGGACAUGUAUAGUUAACAAUUCUGUUGGCCACCAAAAGAAGAGCACCACACUUCAUGUUGCUGUGCCAUUAUCUGUUAUACUUCAACCAAGUGGGCAAGUUGUUGUGGAUGUAGGCGAACACUUUGAAAUGAAAUGUGUUGUGAAUGGUGGACAAAAUCCAAGCAUCACCUGGUUGAAAGAUGCAAACCCUAUCAUAACAUCAAACUCCCCGAGACCAGGAAACAAUCCAGGUGAUGGAGGGAAGCUUGAAAUAGCUAAAGUUGGAAGAGAAGAUGCUGGAAUGUAUCAAUGUCUCGUCCGUGAUGAAGAAGGCUCACUUCAAAGCUCUGUACAACUUAUAUUAGGAGCUUCGAAACCACAAUUUCUUUACAAAUUUAUCCAGCAGACAGUUCAACCAGGGCCAGCCAUGUCUUUAAAAUGUAUAGCAACCGGAAACCCUACUCCACACAUCACGUGGACAAUUGAUGGAUUUCCCUUGCCACAAAAUGAAAGAUUUGUUAUUGGACAAUAUGUUACACUACAUGGUGAUGUUAUAAGCCAUGUUAACAUCAGUAAUGUUCAUGUUCAAGAUGGAGGAAUCUAUCAAUGUACUGCUUCUAAUCGUGUAGGAGAAGUUACUCAUAGUGCUGAAAUGAGGGUUUAUGGCUUGCCAUAUAUCAGAUCGAUGCCGAACAUCUCUGCAGUAGCCGGGGAACCGUUGUAUAUUUCGUGUCCCGUCGCAGGAUAUCCUAUUGACUUAAUCACUUGGGAAAAAGAAGGAAGAAAACUCCCUUUGAACCGAAGGCAUAGAGUGUUUAAUAAUGGAACACUUCAUAUAAUAACAGUUGAAAGAGGACAAGAUGAAGGAAGUUACAGGUGUACAGCUCAAAACAAACAAGGCAAAGCUGCAUCUCAAGUUGUUCAUUUAUCGAUCAUAGUUCCACCGAAGAUAUCGCCUUUCGUCCUUCAAAGUGACCUGCAUGUUGGUGACAGAGUCGGCUUUCAGUGUUUUGUAACAAAAGGUGAUCUUCCCUUACAACUUGGUUGGGAAAAAGAUUCCGGACCACUUUCAUCCGAUGUUAUCGUCAGGCAAUUUGGCCAAUUCACAAGUUCCUUGGCGAUCAUCUCUUUGACAAAAGAGCACGCCGGAAAUUACACAUGCAUUGCUAAAAAUGAAGUAGCUACUGCGAAGUACACUGCACAGCUUUUAGUAAAUGUUCCUCCACGUUGGAUAUCAGAACCAAAAGAUUUGAAUGUUACAAGGGAUGGAGUCGCAAGGUUUGAUUGCAUAGCUGAAGGAUUUCCGACUCCACAAACAACUUGGAAAAAGAUCAUUGGACAGCAUCCCAAUGAAUACCAAGAUCUGAACAUAGGAAGGCAUGGAUUUUCAUUAUACGACAAUGGCACCCUGGUGAUAAAACCUACAUUAUCAGAACAUGAAGGCCAAUAUUUAUGUGAAGCAGCUAACGGAAUCGGUUCAGGCAUAAGUUCUACUGUAACAUUAAAUGUUAAUAAUCCUCCAGAAUUUGAUGUUCUAUCUACUCAAGAGAGUGUGCGACGUGGUCAGACCCAAAUACUAACUUGCGAAGCUCAUGGGGAUUCUCCCCUGAGUAUAACAUGGACAAAACACUCAUCAAGCCAGCUGAAUGCAAGGUAUGAAGUACGUGAAAAACAAGUACGAGGUGGUCUAUUCUCUGAGCUGAUUAUUGAGAAUAGUGUUAAGUCAGAUAGUGGGCAAUACGCAUGUAUUGCCACAAAUCCAUAUGGUACAACACAACGCACAAUUCUUUUACAAGUUCAAGAUGCCCCUGGGAAACCUUUGGACGUCAGGGUUUUAGAUAUAACAAGCCGCAGUAUGAAGAUUUCAUGGCUUCCGCCCGUUGACGAGCAAUCUUCGACGCUUCAGUACUCAGUUCAAUAUAAACGCUUAAUCAUGGAUGAAUGGGAAACUUUUAAUGCCGGCAAUGAGAAUCAAGUUACAAUUACGAACUUGCAACCAGCCAGUGUAUAUUCAAUACGUAUCCAUGCUGAAAAUCUAUUAGGGGCAGGUGAACCCAGCGAUAUUACCCAGGUCACUACACAUAUGGAAGCUCCAUCUGGAGAGCCGCAGGGUUUAACUGUUACAACUACUUCAUCCACCGAGCUUACUGCAUCUUGGCUUCCACCUCCAACUCAUACGCAUAACGGAGAACUGCUGGGAUAUUAUGUCGGAAUCAGGGAAUAUGGUGGUGGUCCGGCAAUGGCAUUCAACUUCACCACUGUUAAUGCCUUGCCAAAUGGAGUUUCGGUUUUGCUAAAUGGUCUACGGCCUUAUGGAAAAUACGGUAUUGUGGUCCAAGCAUUUAAUCACAAAGGACCUGGACCAAUGACCGCCGAAACUAUUGCCCAUACAUUAGAAGAUGUACCAUCAGCACCACCUACAAACAUCCAAUGCAGUUCUCAAAAUUCCCAGAGUAUCUUGGUUUCUUGGAAACCGCCGCCUCUUGGAAGUCAAAAUGGAAGAAUCCAAGGCUAUAGAAUAUACUAUGAAAAUAUGGCUGAAUAUCCACCUGGGUAUAUAGAAGCUGAAACGAAGCUUUCUACAGAAACCACAGCUAAAAUCAACGGCCUACAAAAAUAUUCAAAUUACAGUAUGGAGGUUUGGGCUUUCACAAAAGUAGGAGAUGGUGUAAAGAGCAAGCCUAUAUUUUGUAUUACAGAUGAAGAUGUUCCAGAAGCGCCGACAAAUAUCAAAGUACUGUCAACAUCUUUAACCUCUUUAACUGUGAGUUGGACCCGGCCCAACAAACCGAAUGGAAAAAUUACGAGUUACACAGUUUAUUGGCGAACGUUAGAAGGUGGAAAAGGGCGUGAUCCAGAAAAAAAGAGAGUUCCACCAACUCAAACAUUUUAUCAAAUAGCACAACUCAGUAAAUCAGGAACGUACGAACUGUGGGUUGCGGCUAGUACAAGAAUUGGAGAAGGACAUCAUACUCAUGUUGUAUACGCUACCCCUUCAAAUAGAGGGGCAGCAGGUAUCAUAUCUUUUGGAGGUAUCUACUCAGUCCGGCUUGGAGAAAACAUUGAACUCCCUUGUCUAAUGCGAGGACAACCAACACCUUCAAGAAUAUGGCUUCCAAAAUCACUACCUUACAAUAUACAAUUGCGUCCUGAUGGUACACUGAUUAUAACAGCUGUGCAAAAAAUCCAUCAGAAAAACUAUACUUGUAGUGUUACGAAUCCAUCUGGUACUGAUGAGAUAACAUAUUCAUUAAAAGUAAUAGUACCACCAGAGCCACCAGCAGUAACUGUGACUGGUAACGGUCCUGAAUGGAUUGAAAUCAACUGGAACAUAGUGGAUACAGGUGGAAGUGCAAUAAGGGGAUAUUUAUUGGAGCAUGCUCCAGUAUCUUCACAAAUGCUACAAUGGAAUGAGGAAAGACUGCCUAGAGAUAAAUUUAGCUACAGACUGAACUCUUUGUCUUGUGGUACACAAUACAAUCUCAGAAUGUGUGCAUAUAACUCGGCGGGUACGGGAGAAACGAGUCGUGUUUUGACAUCGCGAACAGAAGGGGGAAAACCUGCAAAACCAAGCUUUAGAGAUUUCAUUAGGGGAAAUGUCAGCAGUGUAACACUAAAUCUAAACACAUGGAAUAAUAACGGCUGUCCAAUUUUAUCCUUUAAUAUUGAAUAUAAAGAAGUCACUCAUUCAGAUUGGCUCACAGUCGGCAAAGAUAUCCAAGGCAAGGAUAUAUUUGAUAUUGUCGGAUUAUGGCCAGGAAAGCGUUAUAAAAUUAGAGUAAAAGCAGAAAAUAGUGCUGGAGUAACAACAGCUGAAUAUUCUUUCACAACACUGCACAAUUUAGGAGUAACACUGAGUCCGACAUCUGUCAAAAUAUUGUCAGAAGAUAAUUCUGUGUAUUUAGAACCUGGUGUGAUUCUACCUAUAGUGGCAUCAGUUUUAACUCUGAUAUCCAUCGGAGUAGCAGUAACAAUAUGCUUCAGAAGAAAGAGGAACUGUGUGACAAGGCCAAGGCAUCAGCAAACCACUCAAACCAUGGUUGCUUUGGAUAACAAAUCAAAUCUUGCUCAAAGAGAACAAUACUAUGCUGCUGUACAUAAAGGAAUGUCUACUCCAGUUCAUGAAUUGCAGUGUGAAAACAUACCUGAAUACCCAGAUGACAUAUCCCCCUAUGCUACGUUUCAUGUUGCUACUCAGCAAGUCAGCACGCCUCAACAUAUGAGAAGCUUCAUAUAUCAUGAUCAAGCACUUGCUUCAAUGGAAACAAUGCCAUUAAAAAGCGGGAAUCUCAAAGAAGAAUACCAAAAAAUUAGGAGCAAUUCAAAGUUAAAUAAGUGUAUGAGUGCCUGUUCAGAUUACUCGGGUUCGACGACUGAUCAGUGGUCUGAACAAGGGGCAUCAGUUGUCAGACCUGAAAGGAUUCCACUCCAAAUGUAUGGAGGUAGCCUACCUGCUGGAGAGUCUAGUACUUCUCCGGAACAGUCUCCCGUACAUGAAAGGAGGAUUCCAAUUAGGCACAAACACAGUAGCAACAGAAAAGAAGCAAGUUUUGGAUUUCCAGGAAGACUUGAACCCCCUUCAGGUUUUACAGAUGGUAUUGAAAUCAGCGAAGCUGAAUGUGAUAUGGAAUCCAUUCACAGGAUAAAGGGAAAACCAAAAGGGAUGAGAAACAAAAGAGACCGUCGGUCACGGUUUACUAUCGCGGUUUAACACAAAAACCACUCUUUUGGAUUAGGGAGGGGUGCCUUUUUUUUGUUUUGAAAGUAUAUUUUCAUUAUAAAAAUAUAUGUGAGUUACAAACAAAUAUAGAAAUGUGAUGUUGAACAAAUGAAUUGGUAUGAUUAAAUCAAGAAACUAGAUUUUUAAGGACUGUUACAAUUUAAAUAAUGAGAAAACUUUUUACAAAGAUAAAAUGUGGUUAAGCAUUAUGUGCCAAUUAGCAAGUUUAAAUGGUAUUAGGUUAAAAAUUAGAAUAGUAAAAACAACAAAUGGCCAAGUUUUUAAGACAUAUUCAUAAUUUAAAUGUAAAAUCACAAUUCAAAUUGAAUGUUCAUUAUAUCGAAUUAUUUAUUUUAAAAUU